GUGAGCCCCACGUGCCUCCAGGCAGCGGCCGAUGCGCAAUGGCGGCGACGGUCGAGCAGAUGAGAGAGCUGGCGGACAGGCUGCUGGCGCUUGAGAGAGACAAUGCCCAGAUGGUCGAGGAGCUCCGACGCGUGAGGCAAGAGGGUCCUCACCAGCAGAUCGUGGAAGCGUUCAGAGAAGCGCUAGAGGAGACUCGAGGUCGGAGGUCAGGCGGCAAUCUCAUCGACACGAAGGGACUCAACAAGCCGUCGGUGUUCUCGGAUGACGAGUCAUCAUUUAUCACGUGGUCGAGGAAGCUGGAGAAUUUUGUGGCCAAUGUCUAUCGUGAGGCAAGAGAGCUGCUAGCCAUUGCCGCGGAGCAGGUGGAGUCGGUCACGUACCAAGUACUUCAAGGGGAUGAUCGUCAGAACCCGAGGAUCGGCCAGGAGAUGUUAGAGGAGAUCGAUGACCAGUUGUAUGUAGUGCUCUCGUCGCUGACGGACGGCGAGGCGUUCAAUAUCACGGUAUCAGCAGGGAGUGGCAACGGCUUUGAGGCGUGGAGGCGCUUGAACAGGCGCUUCGACCCCAUCACGGCAGGCAGGUCGCGGAGCAUCCUCCGCAGUAUCAUGGACCCAGGCAGGGCUAAGCUUCAGGACCUCCAGGCUGCCAUCGAGAGGCUGGAGGAGUUGAUGAGACGUUACGAGAGCCGGAGGGACACCGCAGGACAGCGCCGCACGCUCGCAGAGGACAUCAAGAUGGCGGCACUGGAGGCCAUGCUCCCAGACGAACUAGAACGGCAUGUGCAGAUGAACAAGAAUCGCAUCACGUCCUGUGCCUUGAUGCGUGAGGAGGUGACCACCUAUGCAGAGAGCCGCGCCGGUGUCACGACUAAGGCAGCGGCCAAGCCCCCGUCCAAGCCUGUCGCCACGGACCCGGAUGCCAUGGACACCAGCGCCCUCUGGCGCGACACUGGCAAAGGCAAGAAGGUUGAAUGGAAGGGCAAGGGCAAAGGCGACAGCAAGGGCAAGGGCAAGGACGGGAAAGGUAAAGGCAAAGAGUCCAGCUCCAAGGGUGGCAGGCAGUCCGGCAAGAAGGGAUCCAUGAACGACGCCUACGGCUCCGCCAAGCAGAUGUGCUGGAACUGCGACAAGCCUGGCCACGUCGCAAAGGACUGCUGGGCGCCACCUCGUGGACAAGGCAAAGCAGGAGGAAAGCAAGGAGGCAAGACGAGUAAGGAUUCGAAGAAUAGCUCGAAGGGAGGUCAAGGGAGCCUAGAUUACGAACCAGAGCAGGAGCGCGACGCCGGUGCUCUGGAAAUGUGCUGCUUGGACUCGAGGCAUGACGAGUGCCUUCAGCUGGCGAGCUUCGAGGACUCUGAGAAGAGCCGAUGGGUUCGGAUGAAUUUCGACACGGGCUCCGCGAAGACGGCAUUCCCUCUCGAGAUGGAUGGCGGCGAGGCCAUGAAGACGGAGAGUGUCCUCAACUUCAGGACCGCCACCGGGGAGAUUAUCAACAGCACCGAGGGCUACAGCAUUCGCGGCAUCACGGAGCACCGGCAGCUGCUGAAGUUCAAGGGCGUAAAGGCGCCCGUCCACAAGGUGCUCCUCAGCGCGGGAGAUGUCACAGGAGCAGGGAACGAUGCAUUCCUCAUGGGCGACUUCGGUUACAUCAUCCAUGGGAACUCCCCGGUGCACGCAGAGCUGAGGGCCGCGUUCAGAGAGAUCGCGGCACGGCACAGUUAUGAAGGCAUCGUCACCAUGUACAAGGAAAGGAACGUGUACAACCUCUACGUGAACGUGAAUAAGGACGAGGAAGGCGGGCACGACCUGUGCCCCUACGACGAGGGCCAGCCGGGUGAUGAAGAGAUGCAGGCAGAGGAUGAAGCUGUGGAGCAGGAGGUGCCGAAGCAACCUCACCGAGUGAAAGCUCCAACGAGAGAGGAGGUAGAAGAUCACGAGUCCAGCGGCCACGCCGUGUACCGCACGUGGUGCCGGCACUGUGUCGCUGGAAAAGGCCAGCAGCACCCGCACCUGAAGCAGACAGAGGAGAGCUUGGAGGUGGAAGCAUGCUUCGACUACGGCUAUAUGGGCAGGCGUGCAGAGGAGUGCGCGCCGAUUAUCUGUGCGAGGGAGACGGGCCAAGGAAGCUACGCAGCCACGACGGUGCCCACGAAGGGAGCGGCACCGUACGCCAUCGCCUACAUGGUCGGCUGGUCGAAGGGCCUUGGCUACAAGAAGAUCAUAUUCAGAUCGGACAACGAGCGCGCGCUGCUGAAGCUGCUGGACAAGGUCUCGGAGAAUCUCAUGGGCGUGGAGUGCGUGCCUCGCACAUCGCCUGAAGGGGGCAGCCAGGCCAACGGGAGAGCAGAAGCAGCGGUCAGGGAGAUCAAGAACCAGUGCCGGGUGCUGAGGAGCGAGCUGCGCGAGAAGUAUGGGAAGCCUAUCCCAGAGAAGUGCUCGCUGUUCACGUGGCUGCCAAGGUUUGCGGCCAACUGCGUGAACCGCUACAGGCUCGGCAAAGAUGGCAGGAGCGCAGAGCAUAGGCGCUCCGGCAGGAGAUGGAAGCGCCCGGCGGUCAACUUCGGCGAGAAGGUGAUGUACCGCCCGGCAGGGGCGGUCAAGAGCCAAGCGAGCUUGGAGGACAGGAUGAAGAUGGGCAUCUACGUCGGGCAUCAUGAACGAUCUGGGGCCUCGAUGUUCAUCACGGAAGGAGGUAUGGUUCGAGGAGUCGGUAUCCAUCGACUUCCUGCAGGUGAUCGAUACGACAUGGACUACCUGAUGAAGUGCAAGGGAUGUCCAUGGGCGCCUUCUGAGCGCGGCACCGCGGACAAGCCGAUGGUGGGCGCCGCGGAUGGGCCGGAGGUGAUUGAGAUGCCGCAGCCAGCGGCGGCAAGGGCAUCCCAGCUUGGCAUGAGGAAGAAUUUCUACGUUAUGAGGGCCGAUAUCGAGAAGUACGGCACCACCGCGAGCUGCGCGGCGUGCAGGAAGAUGCUGGAGGGCCAGCAACCCACGACAGGGCACAACAAGGAGUGCCGCGACAACAUCCUGAAGAAGCUGAAGGAGGAGGGCUCUCAUGAAGCAAGUGUGAGAGUCAGCGCUCACGAGUCAAAGGUGGGCAGGCCGCAAGGUGAAGCGGUAGAGGACCUGAGGGCCAAGAGGUCGCGGGUCGAGCAGGAGGAGCGACCCGCGCAGGAGGUGGCAGGCGAGCCGCCUCAGGAAGAUCUUGAAGAGGGACCCGCUCAAGGAAGCGAGGUCAGGAGGCCUGAGGAGGUGCGGAGGCGCGCCGACAGGCGAAUACGAGAGGCGCUCAGCGGCAGUGAGAUGCAGGGAUCGCCUGCGGCCAAGGCACGCCUGUCCGCGCCUAGAGGAGUCAAGAGAGACGGAGGCGAGCCGGGAGAUGCGGCUCGAGGUGACGGAGGACACGUUGACGAUGACGUGGAGCUGCCGGCAGGGACCGGCGCAGGAGGCGCAGCCGCGAGCAGCUCUGGGGGAGGAGCUCCAGCGCCGUCCAGAGGAGGAGACCCGACGGGAGCACCCGCCGAUGCGGACGCUGGAGCCCUCAGCUGCGAGAAGAUCAAGAUGGUCCCAGCUGUCGCGAAGAGGCUCAAGGAAGCAAUGCGGCAUCACGAGCUGGAUGCCAGUGAGGAAGAGAUAGUGAGCAUGGCCAUCUGCCUAUGCUCGCUUGCGGCGGUGGACGUGGCCGAGAUCUAUACACCUCCGAGGUUUACCCCCAGUGCGGCCAGCUGCGGGAUGAGGCCAGGGUUCUGCAUCGACCUCACCACCGUCAAAGCCAAUGGGCAGCACUGGGACCUCGCCAAGGAGGAGGACCAGAAGGAGUUCGAGGAGCUUCAGGCGAAGGAAGAGCCGAAGCUUUUGAUCGGCUCGCCACCGUGCACGGAUUACUGCCCGUUGUUGAGGCUCAGUCAGAGCAAAGAGGAGGUUGACGAGAGAAGGCGUGUCGGUGGCGACAUGCACAUCAGGGUGUGCGCCGCCGGCUACAGGAGGCAACUGGAGGCCAACGCGUACUUCCUGCACGAGCAUCCGAAGCACGCGGCCUCGUGGAAGCUCAAGGAGAUGGAGGAGUUGGCGGCGGACCCGCGCGUCUUCAAGGUUCACGGGCCAAUGUGCAACUGGAACCUGCGCGCGGAGAACAAGCACGGCGAGACAGGGUACAUUCGCAAGGAGACGACCUGGCUGACGAACUCGGUGGAGCUUGCCAAGACGCUGCGAGGGGUAUGCGCGAACCACCGAGGAGGCCCGAUGCACCGGCACUUGCACUUGAUAGGAGGUGAGCGCGUGAAGGCGGCGGCCAGCUAUACACCGGAGCUGGUUCGGGGAGUGCUACGAGCGUUCCAGCGCCAGCUCACGCACGACAAUGACGAGUACGUCCAGCAUAGCUUCGACGCGGGGCCGGUGCCGGACAAGACGCUCUGGUGGGACGAGCCGGAGAGCUACGAGGAGGUCGAGAAGGCCUGGGACGACAUCAACCAGGAGGAGCUCGACGCGAAGGAGGUCAGGAAAGCCAGGCAGGAGGAGAUGCAGUGGGUGAAGGACAUGAAGGUGUUCAAGACUGUUCCCGAGGCAGAGUGUUAUGAGAAGCAAGGCAAGCCGCUGACGAUGAGAUGGAUUGAUACCCGCAAGGUGACUGGAAAGUAUCGCUCGAGGCUGGUUUGCAGGGAGAUCAAGCGUGCCAAGAAGGUCGAGGAUAGGCUCGACCCGGCGGAGGUCUUCAGUGCCAUGCCCCCGAUUGAGAGCCUCAAGAUGCUGAUCAGUGAGUGGAUGACGUUGAACGACGGGCACGACAUCAAGGACUUCGUGAUGGCAACAUUCGACAUCUCUCGAGCGCACUUCUCGGCAGAGCAGAACAACAGGGAGGUGUGCGCGACGCUGCCAGAAGGCUUCGAGAAGGAGGGGCACGUCGCGAAGAUGCUGAAGGCUAUGUACGGGACCGAGGAUGCGGCCCACCUGUGGGGCGAGACAUGGGCGGGCCAGCUGGAGAAGCACAAGGUUCGCGUUGGCACGGCCUCGAGAGCUCUAUUCGCAAACGAGAAGUACAAAGGAUUAUGCCACGGCGACGACUUCGUGGUGCUAUGCAAGAGGAACAACGUCGAGGAGUUCAAAGGGAUUCUGAGUGAGAAGUUCGACGUGAAGUGCGGCGCGAUCAUUGGCUUCGCGGAGAAGGACGACAAGAUCAUGGCCAUCCUCAACCGGGAGGUGAGGAUCAACGACGUCGAGCAGUGCGUGGAGCUCGAGGCGGACAAGAGGCACGUGGAGAAGUUGCUGAAGGAAUUGGGCCUGGAGAAAUGCAGUAUCGUGAGCACGCCCAGGGUGAAGCUUACCCUGGAAGAGGUGCAGGCCCACGAGACCAGUCCUCUGCUCAGCCCAGCAGAGGCCACCAAGUACAGAUCGGCGACGAUGAGGUUAAAGUAUGUGGACCAGGACCGCAUAGACAUCACCGAGUCCGUCAAGUGCUUGGCGCAGCACAUGGCAGCACCGCGUGAGGGACAUCUUACCGAGUUGAAGAGGCUUGUGCGGUACCUCCGUGGUGCGCCCUACGAGAAGCUGAUUUACAAGGCCCAGGAGCACGGUGACAUUGAGUGCUAUGUCGACUCUGACUGGGCUGGGAGCCUCAAGGACCGGAGAAGCACUUCCGGCAUGCUACUGUUCAGGGGUUCCCACCUGCUGAGGAGCAGCAGUACACUGCAAUCGAUCACGGCACUAUCCAGCGCUGAGGCGGAAUACUAUGCGGCCACCAAGGGCGCCGCGUAUGCGCUGGGCACCAGGAGCUACUUCCGCG